UAUAUGUGUGUUACGUCGACGCGAAUCAUCGACCAACUACGAAAGUUGAAGUUUCGAAAACACUCCCAACAAUGGCAAACAACGCGCUUUUAAAUUUGGGAUACGAUCCAGAACCAUUAAUAAAACGUGGAGAACCAUCCAAAGAGCUCAUAACAGAAAUCCGGAAAUGGAUUGAGGAUCAGAAAGAUAUACCAAAAAAUUUAACCAAUGCCCAACUAGUAUUAUUUAUCAGUGCAUGUGAAUUUAAUGUGGAACCUACGAAAAAAUGUUUACGAGAGUAUUUCAAUGCUAAAAAACAUGGACCAGAAUUAUUUGACAAUCGUGAAGUUACUCGGGCUGAUAUUGCGUCACAGCUUAAAGCAUUGGAAUUUGCUGUUUUGCCAGUUGAUACUGUUGAUGGAUAUCGAAUAAUUGUCCAUCGAUUAAAGGAUACCUCUCCAAGUUCGUACACCAUGGAUGUAGCAAUGAAAUGUUUGUUUAUGACCAUAGAUUUAGCUGUAUAUAAAGGACCUCCAAAAGGAUUAAUUUUCUUAUUUGAUAUGCGUGGGGUAGGAUUAAUGCAUUUAACACGGACCAAACUUGGAGCAGUUCGUAAAUUUUGUAAUUAUCUACAAGAAGCCCUACCAUGUAGAUUGCAUUCGAUACAUAUUUUAAAUGUGGUUUCAUUUUUCGAUAAAGUUUUAUCCAUUUUGAAACCAUUUUUAAGGGCAGAAAUUUUAGAUAUGAUGCAACUUCAUCCAUCAAGUUUAGAUAUGGAAGAAUUUAUGGAAAAACAUAUUUCAAAAAAUUGUUUGCCCAGUGAUUAUGGUGGUGAUUUAGAUUCAAUAGAAGUAUUACAUGCUAAAAAUUGUAAAGAAUUAGAAACCAUUGUUCCUUAUUUUACCGCCGAACAAACGCAAAGACAUGAGGCUCUUUCAAAUAAAAAAAAUUCUAGUGGAACGAAUGGAACAACAAAUGGAGAUAGUUACGAAUCAAGUUUUACAAAAUUAGAAAUUGAUUAGGCUUAAUAAGUUUUGGUAUUCUAUAAAUUAUUACGUAUUCUUCGAUUGUAGUUUCUUUAUACCUGGAAACGUCGUUUGAUUUCCUUUAUUUUCAGUUAACCUUAUAUUCUCAGUUAAGCUUAAAAUCAACUAGAAACAACAAAAUUGAAGUAUGAGAAAUAAGAAGAUAAUCGCAAGAAUAUCGAAACUGUUUAUUUUACUUCUGAUACGGUUUUGAGCAAGUUUUACACUAAACUGAGAAUGUGAGAGAGGGUAAUUCAGAAAGCUAUAAUCGAUUUCCUCAAUUUUCUAUAAGUGGUUGUGAUUUUAGCCGUAAUUUUUAGCUGUUUUUGUUUUUUAUGGUAAUUUGUACAGGUUUUUAUUUAUAUGAAAAUAAAAGAUUAAUAAUU